UUUUUCAUACUUGAACAGUCUAGAUUCUUUUCCUCCACUCAUUCCUUUCAUUAAUAUAAUCAGCACUUCCACUCUUACCCUUCCAGAACUUCUUUAUACACUCCUUUUCUCCUCCAUUUAUUUCCACACAAUACAAUACCUUCCUCAUAUAUUCCAAAAACACACUCUGGUGUGAUGUCCUAAUUCAGCACCAACAGUUCAAUAUUCCAGAAUGGUCUUUGAAGGUGUUUGCAACACAGGCCUUAGCCUUGGCUCAACCUCUAUCAACAAUCCUGAGAAUGAUCACUUCCAUCAAUCUCACCAUCAUCAUCAACACAAGAUCAACAAACUGUCAUCUCUGAAACUCGAUCAUGUGUUCCCAUCUCUUACUUUGGGCUUAUCAUCAGAACACAAACACCGAGCUCCUGAAGAGAUUGUUGUUAGCAAAAUUCAUGGUGAAAUUGAAUCCACAGUUUUUUAUCGACAAGGCUCUUCGCGUAGCGCUGUAUCUUCGUACUCAAACUCUAGUGUCAAGAGGGAGAGAGAUAAUCUUAGUGCGGAAGAGGUAGAGAGAGUUUCUUCAAAGGUGAGUGACGAUCAAGAUCAAGAUGAGGAGGGCAGUGCAAGGAAGAAACUUAGACUUACCAAAGAACAGUCUAUCAUCUUAGAAGAUAGCUUCAAAGAACACACCACUCUCAAUCCUAAGCAAAAGCAGUCCUUGGCGAAACAGCUAAAUCUUCGGCCACGGCAAGUGGAAGUUUGGUUUCAAAACAGGAGAGCCAGGACUAAGCUGAAGCAGACUGAGGUAGAGUGUGAGGAACUGAAAAAGUGUUAUAAAACACUAACAGAUGAGAACAGAAGGCUGCAGAAGGAGUUACAAGAGCUGAAAGUAGUAAAGAUAACAGCUCCGGUUUAUAUGCAAAUGCCGGCAGCCACCCUCACCAUGUGCCCAUCGUGCGAAAGGAUUGGUGAUGGCAGUGGUGAAAACUCUUCCAAAAGCCCUUUUUCAAUCGGAGCAAAGCCUCACUUUUAUAAUCCCUUCACCCAUCCAUCUGCAGCUUGCUAGAUUAUUACUACGGUUUGAAGUAUCAACUAUUGUGUAUCAGGAUUUGAGACUUUUUUUUAAUACUGUUGUUCAUCGAUAUAUCGACUGAUACUAUUUGAUAUCAAUUGAUAUACAAUUGUAUGGUCAAUACUGAUGCCAUUAUUUAAAACC